AUGUCGCUAACCGAGAUGUAUGAGGCCGUACAGGCAGCCUGGGUCGAAGGUCGUCUCGAAAAUGUGCUUCAAAGACAGAAAGAACUUGUUCGCUUGCACAAGAUCUUGGAAGAAUCUCGAUCUGAUCUGAUGGCAGCAGUUUCUGAGGAUGUCGAAGUCUCAGGACCCAACGCAUUAAGAGAGGUCGAUCUCGCUCUUGAUGCAAUCCAACAACUUUACGAUCAACUUGACUCCCCUUCCGCGCUCGCGAAAGAAAAGUCCGUCCAGGCUGGUCACUCAAGUCCCUUGAACUCGGUGGCGCUGGGUCCGGUGCUUAUUCAAGCCGCCUUACCGUGCCCAAUUUCGUCUGCAAUUUUACCUCUGGCGGCUGCUGUUGCUGCCGGAAGUUGUUGCCUUGUCCUUUUGUGCACCGAAUCGCCCGCGGUCAGCAGAGUUCUCCGUACUGCCAUCCGCAACAGCCUGGACUAUGAGGCGGUUGGUGUCAUGGACGAAUUCCUGAGCCCCAGGGAUCUCAGUUCACUGUACUUUGAGUCGGCCGUCUUGCAAGACUCCACCACUGGCCUAGAGUUCGCAACGGUUUUGCGGCAGACCAACCCGACUGUGAGAGUUCACAUUCCAGCCCUCGGACUGCCUGCUAUUUUUAUUGACCGUAGCACCCCGGCACUGGAACUGGCUGCACAAUGGGUAAAAGACUCUGUUCAAAAUAGUGGUAUCAACCAUACUGGACGGAUGCCUCGUAUCUGCUUCGUGGAUGAAUUCGUCAUUGAAAAGUUCCAUUCGAUCAUGCAGAAUUACAAUGAAAACUCGGACAAGGCUUGGGCGCCAUUGCCUGAAUCGACCAUGACAGAAGAGAUAGCAAGGAAGUUUAAGUCUCUUUUCCCAUCUCUCGGGAAAAAGCAUGAAUUGCUUAGAUUGACCGUCUUGCAAUCCACUGAUCCCAUCAACGCUGAAACUAUGGGCCAGGUGGCAAGAUUGCUCACUCAGUCUUACAAAGGGAUAUUAUUAGUCCCAACUUGCAGUUUAGACCAUGGUAUUGACCUGUGGAACAAAGUGAACUCUGGCAUGUCUGCCGCUGCAACUUACAUAUUCGGGCAAGAUAGAGAAACCUGGUAUCUCGCACGUUUCCUGAAAUCAGAUCAUUGCUUUAUAAAUUGUAUUCCUCCGCGGUCAUUUGCUAUGAUUGCGCCAAGCUCAACACAAGAUACCUUUACGCUCCCUUACCGCCCAGAAGACUUCUCCACCAACAAGGUUAUUUUGCGGGACAGUAGCCCGGCUUCGCCACGUGGGUUGUUGGACUUGAAGCGAAUCGCGCAAACACCUGGUGGUCAGCUCUCAUAUUUUGAGCAAGGACUUAUUGUUGGAUUAAGUAUUACUGCCUUGGCUGUUUCGGGUCUUGUAUUUGCUAUUUUCAAAGGGUUCAAGGGCUAUUAUCAGUGGAGAGGUUGA